AUGUCCACAAUUCUCAUUCACACUGCAAAGGAGUUUAAACAACGUCGGUCGCAUGAAAAAUCUAGAAAGGGCUGUAUAAGAUGCAAGCAGCAGAGAAAAAAGCGCAAUCAGUGCGAUGAAGUUCGUCCCGUCUGUUCUCGCUGCCAGAAGCGGAAUCACUGUUGCCGUUACACUACCCAAAACGAACGCUUCCCUACGGACUCGACUGCUCUCAGCCCUGAACAAGACUCUCCAAUCUCUCCAAUCCCUGAAAUCCCGGACUUGGGAUAUUUAAAUCUCGCCGAGCCCAGCCCAAGCAGCUCCGAAAUAAAUUCCGAUGACACAUGUUCUGGUGAUUCAGGCAUCGCCCGCACAUUGCCAUAUGAUGCCUCCGUGGUACCGCAGAUGCUCCAGCCAUAUCAUGCUUUGAAUUCUGAGGACUUGGAGCUUUUAAGUCACUAUAUAUCACAUACCAGCCGCGUCAUCCCCUUCAAUGCAGAAGAAUUACACGCUCUCCACGUUGGGAUGCCGAAUCUCGCGUUCGGCAGCAGGCCAGUCAUGGGCUCAGUGCUUGCACUCUCGGCGGUUUGCAAGUGUUACGACAUUUUGAAGGGCUCACCAGCUCCUUUCGAGAGAAUAGACGAGAUGAAAAGGCUUCUUGCUGUAGCAGACGAACACCAUAGGUCUUCACUUCAUCAGAUGCAGGGAGCUCUUUAUGGCGGUCACUUUGAUACAGUUCUGGCCAAUGCUGCGUUGAUGGUUCUAUAUUCGUUAUCUGGCCACUGCGUUCGGGUUAUGUUAACAAAGAAAGCUGUCCGCUGCGGAAUCACAUUAUCCAACGAGAUGCUGCCGUUGCAAUCACAGUGGAUAACCUCUAUUCGUGCUGCAUAUGUAGCGUACGUUGGGCUGCUAAACAGUGGAAACAGCGAGUUGGAAAAUGAUCUGCCGAGCCCACAUUCAGUUGCAAAUGACGAUGCUACCUUUCAUACAACCCCCAUGCUGGGCGAUAAUCUACUCAAUCCUGAAGAUGGCCCAUCAGAAGGGACGAAGAAGCUGCUGCUGCCGAUUGUAUCUGCGACAUACGGAGCUGCCAUGGAAAAGCUCACUGCACACGCUCAGGCAGUCUGGAUUGGUCAAUAUGACUCAAACUUCCACGCACCAAAAAACCCGGACUCAGGGCUUCAAGCAUGCCUGACGGCUGUUGAGCUUCUGAAUAACCUUUUUAAUACAGUAUUUUCCGGUGACGAAUCGAUCCCUGAAUCCUCUCAGGCGACACCUGUUCCAUCGGCUUCCCACCUUGGGAGACUCGAAAAUGCCUCUCCAUGGCUGAGGAGAUACAUAGCCCACGUCAUCUCCGUUACGCCAACCAAGAUGUUGAGACGGACAAUUAUGACUUUCCUGAGCCGCGUGCCACUUGAAUAUCUUCAACUUGUCCAAUCAGCUCUGGACUAUAUCCCAGUACCGGGACAGCAAAAUGACUCCGCUUGCUCCAAUAAUGCAGUACCGCUUGGCCAAGCACAACAACUAGCAAUGAGUAUCUUUGCCCACUGGCUGGUCCUCGCCAUGCUCCUGGACGGGGUGUGGUGGAUUGGUACUAUCGGACAGUGGGAGCUCGGGCGGAUACUCUCAUUCAUGGAAACUCAAGGGUGGAUGACCGAAUCCAUAGAGACGGGGGAGCCGUGGUGGCCGGAAAGCAUGUAUGCCGUUCAGAAAGCAAUUGCUGAACCUAUAGAGUAA